CAUGACAGUCGCCAUUUUAUUUUGAAAAAUCAAACAGAACUGUGGAGAAAGCGACCUUUUAUCUGUCAAGAUUGAGACAAGAAACAUAAGAAAAUGAUCAUCAGCACAUAAUUUGUAUGAAUCGAGAUGUCAAAAUUGAAAUUGCACUGAGGGACCGUACACUGAAUCCGGAUCCACUGGGAGAAGCAGCUUGUUGGAACACACGGACAUUUUAACACCUUUGGGGGGGGGGGAGCAGAAGUAACCUAUCACUGAAGUGACUAAAGGGGAAUAAUGGUGAUUUUGCGCCGGGCUCGGCCGCCUGCUUCCGCCCCAACCAGCAAUGAAUCUUGACUCGCUCUCGCUGGCUUUGUCUCAAAUCAGCUACCUGGUGGACAAUUUAACUAAGAAAAACUACAGAGCCAGCCAGCAAGAAAUACAGCACAUUGUGAAUCGUCACGGCCCUGAGGCAGACAGGCAUCUAUUACGCUGUCUCUUUUCGCAUGUCGAUUUCAGUGGCGAUGGUAAAAGCAGUGGUAAAGAUUUCCACCAGACACAGUUUCUGAUCCAGGAGUGUGUAUCUCUUAUCACGAAGCCAAAUUUUAUUUCAACACUCUGCUACGCUAUUGACAAUCCUCUGCAUUACCAGAAGAGUUUGAAGCCAUCGCAACAUUUGUUCCCUCAACUGAGUAAAGUUCUUAAACUAAGCAAGGUUCAAGAGGUGAUUUUUGGCCUUGCUCUUCUGAACUCCAGUAAUAUAGACCUUCGAGGGUUUGCUGCUCAGUUUGUAAAACAGAAACUCCCAGAUCUCCUGCGCUCAUACGUGGACGCCGACCUCGGGGGGAGCCAGGAAGGUGGCUUCCAGGACAUUGCCAUAGAGGCUCUGCACCUGCUGCUCUCUCACCUGCUGUUUGGGCAGAAGGGCUCCAGCGGAGUCGGCCAAGAGCAGAUUGACGCCUUCCUCAAAACACUGUGCAGAGAUUUCCCGCAGGAGCGCUGUCCUGUGGUGCUCGCACCACUUCUGUACCCUGAGAAACGGGACAUUCUCAUGGACAGGAUCCUGCCAGACUCUGGAGAGUUAGCGAAGACCAUGAUGGAGAGUUCCCUUGCGGAGUUUAUGCAAGAAGUUGGCUAUGGUUUUUGUGCAAGUGUUGAUGAGUGUAGGAACAUAAUCCUGCAGUAUGGGGUGCGUGAGGUGACUGCCUGCCAGGUGGCCAGAGUGCUGGGCAUGAUGGCCCGCACUCACUCUGGCCUUUCUGAUGGAAUCCCACUACAGUCCAUCUCCACCCCGGGCAGUGGUAUCUGGAGUGACGGGAAGGACAAAAGUGACAGCUCUCAACCCCACAGCUGGAACGUGGAAGUUCUUAUUGACGUUGUUAAGGAGCUCAAUCCCAAUCUGAAUUUCAAAGAGGUGACGUAUGAGCUUGACCACCCAGGCUUCAUGAUACGGGACAGCAAGGGGCUGCAUGUAGUGGUGUAUGGGAUUCAGAGGGGACUGGGUAUGGAGGUCUUCCCUGUGGACCUCAUCUACAGGCCAUGGAAGCACGCUGAAGGGCAGCUCUCCUUCAUCCAGCAGUCCUUGAUGAGCCCUGACGUGUUCUGCUUUGCCGAUUUCCCUUGUCACACAGUCGCCAUCGACAUCCUCAAAGCUCCACCUGAGGAUGACAACAGGGAGAUAGCCACAUGGAAAAGCCUGGACCUGGUGGAGAGCCUGCUGCGCCUGUCCGAGGUGGGCCAGUACGAGCAGGUGAAACAGCUCUUCAGCUUCCCCAUCAAGCACUGCCCAGACAUGCUGGUGCUGGCGCUGCUGCAGAUCAGCACAUCGUGGCACACGCUGCGACACGAGCUCAUCUCCACCCUCAUGCCCAUCUUCCUGGGCAACCACCCCAACUCGGCCAUCAUCCUGCAUUAUGCCUGGCAUGGGCAGGGCCAGUCUCCCUCCAUUCGCCAGCUCAUCAUGCACUCGAUGGCGGAGUGGUACAUGAGGGGGGAGCAGUAUGACCAGGCCAAGCUCUCGCGCAUCCUGGAUGUGGCUCAGGACUUGAAGUCUCUAUCGAUGCUGCUAAAUGGUACUCCAUUUGCCUUUGUUAUUGACCUUGCUGCACUUGCCUCUCGCCGCGAAUACCUCAAACUAGACAAAUGGCUGACUGAUAAAAUCAGAGAGCAUGGGGAGCCCUUCAUCCAGGCGUGUGUGACCUUCCUGAAGAGACGCUGCCCUACCAUCAUGGGUGGACUGGCCCCAGAGAAAGACCAGCCCAAAAGUGCCCAGCUGCCUCCUGAAACCCUGGCUACUAUGCUGGCCUGCCUGCAGUCCUGUGCAGGGAGUGUGUCUCAAGAACUGUCAGAGACUAUCUUGACCAUGGUGGCCAACUGUAGCAACGUGAUGAACAAGGCUCGCCAGCCUCCACCAGGCGUCAUGCCCAAGGGCCGGGCUCCCAGCACCAGCAGCCUGGAUGCCAUCUCCCCGGUGGAUCCCCUCACAGCAAUGGGCUCUCUGAAUCUGGGCAGCUCAGCUACCACCCACACACAGAACAUGCAAGGCUUCCCGACACCGCUGGGAUCCGCUUUCAGCAACCCCCAGUCCCCUGCUAAGGCCUUCCCCCCUCUCACCAACCCUAACCCCAGCACAGCCUUCAGCGGAAUCAGUGGCCUCUCCUCCCAGCUCCCAGGUGCUUCUGAAUACUGUGCGUUGGGUUCAGGCAGCUUGAGUGGCAUUGGUUCAGGUCUGGGCAUGCCAGCAGUGACCAGCGACCCGUUUGGCCCGAGGAAGAUGAGCACACCAGGGUUGAACCCACCCACCUUCCAGCAUUGUAGGUUGAAGCCCUCUGACCUCUCUCAGGUAUGGCCAGAGGCCAACCAGCACUUUAGUAAGGAGAUCGACGACGAGGCCAACAGCUACUUUCAGAGGAUCUACAACCAUCCACCUCACCCCACCAUGUCUGUGGAUGAGGUGCUGGAGAUGCUGCAGAGGUUUAAGGACUCCAACAUCAAGCGGGAGCGAGAGGUGUUUAACUGCAUGCUGCGCAACCUGUUUGAGGAGUACCGCUUCUUCCCCCAGUACCCAGACAAGGAGCUGCACAUCACCGCCUGUCUGUUUGGCGGGAUCAUCGAGAAGGGCCUGGUCACCUACAUGGCUCUUGGCCUCGCUCUGCGAUAUGUUCUGGAGGCCUUGCGCAAGCCCUAUGGAUCCAAAAUGUAUUACUUUGGAAUUGCUGCACUAGAUCGGUUUAAAAACCGACUGAAGGACUAUCCACAGUAUUGUCAGCAUUUGGCAUCCAUAGGCCAUUUUCUGCAGUUCCCUCACCAUUUGCAAGAGUGUGUACAGUAUAUCGAGUAUGGGCAGCAGUCCCGUGACCCUCCGGUGAAGAUGCAGGGCUCCAUCACCACGCCGGGCAGUUUGGCUCUGGCCCAAGCCCAGGCCCAGUCUCAACCUACCAAAGCACCUCAGCCCGGCCAGGCCAGCACCCUGGUGACUACCACCACUACCACCACCACCGUAGCCAAAACUACCACCAUCUCCAGGCCCACUGCAGUAGGUUUUAAGAAGGAUGUGCCACCUUCAAUCAACACCACAAACAUCGACACACUGCUGGUAGCGACAGACCAAACUGAAAGGAUUGUGGAGCCCCCAGAGAAUGUGCAGGAGAAGAUAGCUUUCAUUUUCAACAACCUUUCGCAGUCGAACAUGUCUCAAAAGGUUGAAGAGCUAAAGGAGACUGUGAAGGAGGAGUUUAUGCCAUGGGUGUCGCAGUACUUGGUGAUGAAACGUGUUAGCAUUGAGCCGAACUUCCACAGUCUCUACUCCAACUUCCUCGACACACUGAAAAACCCAGAGUUUGUCAAAAUGGUUUUGAACGAGACAUACAGGAACAUUAAGGUCCUCCUGACCUCUGACAAAGCAGCUGCUAAUUUCUCUGAUCGAUCCCUGCUGAAGAACUUGGGCCACUGGCUCGGCAUGAUCACUCUAGCUAAGAACAAGCCCAUCCUCUAUACUGAUUUGGAGGUGAAGUCUCUGCUUCUAGAGGCUUAUGUGAAAGGGCAGCAGGAGCUGCUCUAUGUGGUCCCCUUCGUGGCCAAAGUGUUGGAGUCGAGCCUGCGUAGCGUGGUGUUCAGGCCACAGAACCCCUGGACCAUGGCCAUCAUGAAUGUACUGGCUGAGCUACACCAGGAGCAUGAUCUAAAGCUCAACUUGAAGUUCGAGAUUGAGGUGCUGUGUAAGAACCUGUCUCUGGACAUCAAUGACCUGAAGCCAGGAAACCUGUUGAAGGACAAGGAGAAACUCAAGAAUCUAGAGGAGCAGCUGUCUGCACCAAAGAAAGAGACCAAGCAACCGGAGGAGAAUCCUAUAGUCCCUACAGCAGCUGCCCCAUCUGCUCCUCCUGCCACGGCAACCACUGCAACAACAGGCCCUCCCACCCCACAGUUCAGCUACCACGACAUCAACGUGUAUUCGCUGGCAGGCUUGGCCACGCACAUCAACAUCAACAACAAUUUGGCCCUGCUUCAGACCCACCCCCAGCUGAAGCCGUGUGUGCGACAGGCCAUCGACCGUGCAGUGCAGGAGCUCGUCCACCCCGUGGUUGACCGCUCCAUCAAGAUAGCCAUGACGACAUGUGAGCAGAUUGUCCGGAAGGACUUUGCCCUGGACUCAGAGGAGUCGCACAUGCGUGUCGCUGCCCACCACAUGAUGCGCAACCUGACAGCCGGCAUGGCCAUGAUCACCUGCAGAGAGCCGCUGCUGAUGAGCAUCGCCACCAACCUGAAGAACAGCUUUGCAGCUGCGCUCAGGGCUCCCACGUCCCAGCAGAGGGACAUGAUGGAGGAGGCAGCCGCCCGCAUCGCUCAGGAUAACUGUGAACUAGCUUGCUGCUUCAUUCAGAAGACAGCCGUGGAGAAAGCUGGACCUGAGAUGGACAAGAGACUGGCCACUGAGUUUGAGCUGAGGAAGCAUGCUCGUCAGGAGGGCCGGCGCUACUGCGACCCCAUGGUGCUCACCUACCAGGCUGAGCGCAUGCCAGAGCAGAUCCGCCUCAAGGUGGGUGGUGUGGACCCUAAGCAGCUGGCUGUUUAUGAGGAAUUUGCCCGAAAUGUUCCGGGGUUCCUGCCCAGCAAUGAUCUGUCUCAACCCACUGGCAUCCUGGCUCAGCCUAUGAAGCAUCAGGCGUGGCCCACUGACGACAUGGCCCACAUCUACGAUAAGUGCAUCUCUGACCUGGAGCAGCACCUGCAUGCCAUCCCGCCGGCGCUGGCCAUGAACCCACAGGCCCAGGCCCUGCGCAGCCUGCUCGAGGCCGUGGCCAUGGCCCGCAACUCCCGAGACGGCAUCACCGCCCUGGGCCUACUGCAGAAGGCUGUUGAGGGUCUGUUGGAUGCCACAAGUGGAGCAGAUGCUGAUUUGCUGCUGAGCUACAGAGAGUGCCACCUGCUGGUGCUGAAGGCACUGCAGGACAGUCGUGCCUACGGACCGCAGUGGUGCAACAAACAGAUCACAAGGUGCCUGAUCGAAUGUCGAGAUGAGUACAAGUACAAUGUGGAGGCAGUGGAGCUCCUGAUCAGAAACCACCUGGUCAACAUGCAGCAGUAUGACCUGCACCUAGCCCAGUCCAUGGAGAAUGGGCUCCACUACAUGGCCGUGGCCUUCGCCAUGCAGCUGGUGAAGCUCCUGCUGGUGGAUGAGCGCAGCGUCAGUCACAUCACUGAGGCCGACCUCUUCCACACCAUCGAGACCCUCAUGAGAACCUGCGCACACUCCAGAGCCAAUGCACCUGAAGGGCUACCCCAACUCAUGGACGUGGUCCGCUCCAACUAUGAGGCCAUGAUCGACCGGCACCAUGGCGGGCCCAACUUCAUGAUGCACUCUGGGAUCUCGCAGGCGUCCGAGUACGACGACCCGCCAGGCCUGCGCGAGAAAGCGGAGUAUCUGCUGAGAGAGUGGGUCAACCUGUACCACUCUGCUGCUGCUGGCAGAGACAGCACCAAAGCUUUCUCUGCAUUUGUGGGUCAGAUGCACCAGCAGGGCAUCCUGAAGACAGAUGACCUCAUUACGCGUUUCUUCCGCUUGUGCACGGAGAUGUGCGUGGAGAUCAGCUACCGAGCUCAGGCCGAACAGCAGCACAACCCGGCCGCCAGCGCUGCCAUCAUACGCGCCAAGUGCUACCACAACCUGGACGCGUUUGUGCGCCUCAUUGCCCUGCUCGUCAAGCACUCUGGGGAGGCCACCAACACGGUCACCAAGAUCAACCUGCUCAACAAGGUGUUGGGCAUCGUGGUGGGCGUGCUGAUCCAGGACCAUGACGUGCGGCAGACAGAGUUCCAGCAGUUGCCCUAUCACCGCAUCUUCAUCAUGCUCCUCCUGGAGCUCAAUGCCCCUGAGCAUGUGCUGGAGACCAUCAACUUCCAGACCCUCACUGCCUUCUGCAACACCUUCCACAUCCUGAGGCCGACCAAAGCCCCAGGCUUCGUCUAUGCUUGGCUAGAGCUCAUCUCCCAUCGAAUCUUCAUAGCCAGGAUGUUGGCGCACACCCCGCAGCAGAAGGGUUGGCCCAUGUACGCCCAGCUGCUCAUCGAUCUGUUCAAGUACCUAGCGCCCUUCCUGAGGAACGUCGAGCUUAACAAACCUAUGCAAAUUCUCUAUAAGGGCACCCUGCGCGUCCUCCUUGUCCUGCUGCAUGAUUUCCCAGAGUUUCUGUGUGACUAUCACUAUGGCUUCUGCGACGUGAUCCCACCCAACUGCAUCCAGCUGAGGAACCUCAUCCUGAGUGCCUUCCCCCGCAACAUGAGGCUUCCAGAUCCUUUUACUCCAAAUCUCAAGGUGGACAUGCUGAGUGAGAUCAACAUCGCACCCCGCAUCCUUACCAACUUCACUGGCGUGAUGCCCUCACAGUUCAAGAAGGAUCUUGACUCGUAUCUAAAGACCCGUUCUCCUGUCACCUUCCUUUCUGAGCUCCGCAGCAACUUGCAGGUGUCCAAUGAACCUGGCAACCGCUACAACAUCCAGCUGAUCAAUGCCCUGGUGCUGUAUGUGGGAACACAGGCCAUUGCCCACAUCCACAACAAGGGUAGCACACCUUCCAUGAGCACCAUCACUCACUCAGCACACAUGGACAUCUUCCAGAACCUUGCUGUGGACCUGGACACUGAAGGGCGCUAUCUGUUCCUGAAUGCAAUAGCUAAUCAGCUGCGUUACCCGAACAGCCACACCCACUACUUCAGCUGCACCAUGCUCUACCUGUUUGCUGAAGCCAAUGCCGAGGCCAUUCAAGAGCAGAUCACCAGGGUGCUGCUGGAGAGGCUGAUUGUCAACAGGCCACACCCCUGGGGGCUCCUCAUCACCUUCAUUGAGCUGAUCAAGAAUCCGGCCUUCAAGUUUUGGAGCCACGACUUUGUGCACUGUGCCCCAGAGAUAGAAAAGCUGUUCCAGUCAGUGGCUCAGUGCUGUAUGGGGCAGAAGCAGGCUCAGCAGGUGAUGGAGGGCACAGGUGCCAGCUAGGCUGCAGGAACCUGCUCCUCCUGUGCCCAGAGUGAGACCGCCCCUCCCGUCAGCCACUCCACUGAUGCCCUGCUCCCACCUGAUCAUCUCAGAGCUCCGCCAGCACUGGACUCCCUUCUACCAGGACUGCCUCGUACUCAAGACUACAGAGUUUAGGGAUUUGUGGUUCCUUUUUUUAAAAAAAAAUUUUUAUUAUUAUUAUUUUUUCCCCCUUCUUUUCUCAAGUGGAAGGCAUGCUGUUAAACAGUCUAAAAAAUAAAUUUCAGUGUAAAUAUAAAGAAAAGAGACUUCUUUUCGAGAGCAGUUUUGGCAUAUCCCCCUUCCCUGUUGCUGUUCAAAGCUCGGAUGUGACACACAAGCAUGAGUACAUGCGUGCUUUAACACUUGAACACUUGGUGCGCACACAGUCCUGCUCUCUCUCGCUCUCCUGGCUGUUUGGAUCCACUCUUCCACCACAAUUAAUUUGGGGUUAUUUCAUUUUUCUUUCACUUUAAAAAAGAUUAUUUUUGGAGGAUAAAUGCAAUGGCUUAUCGAAGCUGGUUUUAUUUUUUUGUUUGUUUUUUUUGUUUUUGUUUUUCCCCAGAUUUUUAAGGGGAAAGCUAUGGUGUGAAGAGGUAAUGGGCUCAGAUCUUGUCUUACGGUGCAGCGGUGUUGUGGGGUCACUGGUUUGCACCAUUUUAAGAGAGUGGGUGGGAGGUUCUCCCUGGCACUUGUACAAUUGUGGAAAUAUUCAGAAAUUUGAUGGCAAUUUGAAUCUUAAAGUUUGUACAAAGAUCCAAAUUGCAGAACAAAAAGGAGGACCAAUACAGCCCAUUUUGUAAGGAUUUUGAAUGUUUUGUAAAUGUAUUGGUCCGCGUGUUGUAUUUUGUAGUACUUUCUAGUUGCCCUUAGUUCUUGCUACUUAUUUCCUGUAUGUAUGCAUUCUGUAGUUACUGCAUUAAACACUUGAACUGCA